AUGAUGGAUCUAAGCUGUAACCAUACCCAUAAGCAACACCACGAGCUCCUUCUUCCUUUUGACCUUCACGAAAAUGGAGUUCAAGUUCUCAAAACACAAAUGAAGGCUAGGGUUUGGAUGGAGGGUUUUAAUAUCAUCUGCUGCCGUCUACCGAACAUCGCCACUGCAAAUGCAAUAGGUAAAGAAGGUAGAGUCGCCGUCGCCGUACUUAGUACCGGAGUAAUCCCGCAAUCUCUACAGGUUUAUUUUCCAAGCUAG